AACUGCAGAAGCAGAAAUAAAGUUUGCAUCACUCCGACUCCGUAGCGUUUAAAGAAAAAUCGAUACCCUAUCAGUGAUCUGCUUGGCUGUUGGCUGUUCCAGUGAUUUUUCGACAAUUGGCUAAUUUUCAGCAGCCCGCUUUUCAAUUAUAAUCCUCUGUUUUGGUAAUGCUUUACGAUGGAAAAUAUAGUAGAACUAAAUGGUUCCAACAGCAAUAAUAGCUCGACAGCUUUAGAGGCCGAAGAGAUCAGCAAAUCACUGACCUCAUUUGAAGCGGAUCGCAGCUUCGAGGAAUAUUGUGAUGAAAAUACCCGUCUCGUCGAUAUCAAGGACCAUGCCGAAGAAAAUGGAAAUAAGCUGGAUUCAACACCUCCUGCAAAGAGUAUUGCUUUCGUACAGCCAAACAAUCAUCGCAGAUCCGAUGAGCCAACAGAGCUCAGCUUCGAGAAAUUUCCCGAAAAUCACGAAGAAAAAUUGAAACGCAUUAAAAUUGAAAAUGCUCUGGAUGAUCCCUCCACUACUCAGAACGAUUGGCGGAUGUUCGCGAAAUCCGAAUAUGGCCUCAUUAAUGAUGACUUACGACGCAAGGUAUGGCCGCUACUUGUCGGUGUCGAUCUGAACAUGAUCGAUCCCGCGCCAUCGCUUGCAGAGCUUAACAAUCAUCCCGAGUAUAACCAGGUGGUUCUUGAUGUAAACCGUUCUUUGAAACGAUUUCCUCCUGGUAUUCCUUACGAACAACGUGUUGCUCUGCAGGACCAACUAACGGUGUUAAUUCUACGAGUGAUCAUUAAGUAUCCUCAUUUGAAGUACUAUCAGGGAUACCAUGAUGUGGCGAUCACGUUCCUGUUGGUUGUCGGAGAAGAGGUCGCUUUUCAUGUGAUGGAGAUUUUAUCAACUAACCAUUUAGUUGAAUGCAUGCAAGAAACAAUGGAACCAACACAAAGACGACUAAUGUUUAUCUAUCCUUUAGUUAAGAAAGAGAACCCAGCUCUAUGUAAAUUUCUAGAGCGUUCAACCGUUGGUACACUUUUCGCUCUGCCGUGGUACUUAACAUGGUUCGGACACAGCUUAAACUCUUACCGGUCGGUAGUACGGUUAUACGACUACUUCCUUGCAUCGGAUUUCCUUCUACCUAUAUACGUGACUUCGGCCAUCGUAUUGUAUAGACAGAACGAGAUAUUUCGAGAAGACUGCGAUAUGGCAUCUCUACACUGCCUACUAUCACAACUACCAGAAGAUCUACCCUUUGAAUAUCUUCUGCAAAAAGCGGAGGAGUUGUAUAAAAAGUAUCCACCCAAAAAAGUUGAGAAGGAUGUUGAAAAUAUGAUCGCCAACGAAAAAGCGCAACGGCUCAAGGAGGAGCAGGAACGUAAACGACGGAAGACUUACGGAGUUGCCAAACCAGCUCAUAACUCGCUUAUCGGCCGACUACUACCACAUCUGCAAAUGACACGUCGAUCUGUGUUUGUGACCACUGCAUUUUCCAUCCUAGUUGGAUUCUGUGCGUAUUACUAUCGAGCCCAUUUGAUGCCACUGUCAGAAGCAAUCAGAUGAGGCGAACUGUUCCGGCGGAUUCCGUCGUCUUUUACCGUCACCGCCGGUCCGUUGAGUGCACUGGACUGGGGCACUCCUCGAGUACAGUAAGGGCAGUCCCAUAUGAAAACUUGAACGAUGGCCAAAAUUGAAUUGUUUAACAUUUCGCAUCACCAAAAACCGAUUACACUUUUUCAACAUAAAAUGUGAUUAAUUUUGUUCUUGUAGCGAUCAUCAAGACAAAUGUAAUAUCGUUUGUUUCAUUUCUGUAAAUAGGAAGCAUAUGUCAUCAACCUGUAAAGUGUCGCACCACUAAGUUUUCGAAGGCAAAUGGUUUGUAUUUAGCAAUGAUUAUAUUAGUUGUAGAUUUAAUUAGUGGGACAUCCGUAGAAAUAAGUCUAACCACUGUUAUUAAAUUCAAUAUAAAGCUAUUUUAUUAUCAUUAAAUUGAAAAUACAUACACUAA